CUUGAUUUAGGAAAUUAGAAGCAGCAGCAGCAGCAGCAGCAGCAGCUCGAAGCCACAAAGCCACAAGUCGCAGCAAUAAUGUUCCUAUCGAAAAAACCUUUAAAAAAAGUCGUCAAGCACUUUCCUCAAGUUUGUUUUGAAAAAUUACUCGUAUAUUUUCUCUGCCAUUUUUGAUAGUUUCGCUGGCAUAAGGAACAACUCCACAAAAUUUUUCAAAAAAAUUCGUCCUUUAAAUUAGCAAUGAAUUAUAAUCGUCGCAGGAAUAUAUGUAAGAAGAAACAAAAAUUCUUAUUUCUAUUUUAAAUUAACAUCCGAAUGAAAUUGUUAUUUUUUCUGGUUUGCCGAUACGUCGCGUGCGCUUUUUUGGCUUUUCACAAUUUUUUACUUCUACAUACGUACAAUAUCAACGCCAUAAACAACGCGUACAUAUUAACGUGCAUCUAUUCUACAGUUACUUUGGGCGAUUUUCAUCAAAAUCCAAAUCCAACACAGCAAAUAAAAGCUCAACAGAACCGACGCCAAAAUUCUGAUCCCUUCGAACGUGAUCCCUUCAAAAUUCAAUCGUACAAUUUUCGCUACGCCGAACGUCCGUCACAUCCGCUAGCGAAUUUGGGCAAUUCACGCGCCCAUCCAUCAUCGUAUCAGCCGCAACAAGCUCAUAAAGGCUUUGAGACAUUCUUCUACAACUAUGACUUCACUCCUUCUGUGCAUGACAAAGAAAAUCCUCCAACAAACAAAUUUCGCCAAUUUCGUCGACGAAAAUUCCUAUUGGAUCACCAACAGCAAAAUCCGACAACUGCGAGCAUGCUCGCUCAGGCAACUCAUAGCCGAGAGACGUCGUCGAUGUUGUCUUACCCAAACAGAUACGAACAAUUGCACCCGAUUACCAACGACACAACAGGCUGUUAUGCCCGCAUCGGCACUGAGGCCAGUCAAACAGCAUUCGCCACGUCGACCGCUGCGGCCGUUGCAGCUGCAGGAAACCCAGCAGGCGGCUCUGGGCGCGUCAGCAUAUCGGGCAGUGGAUACAGCGAACGUGUACGCGGCGCGGCCGACCAUGGUGGGCGGCAUUACCAAACACUUGGCUCUGCCACACGUACAAGCAGUAUCGGCACAACCGCUGGGCUCCGUUCCGGGGCGCGCGAAUACGGCAGCACAUCUGCACACAUGUCUGCCAACAAGUAUGGGCGCUCUAAUGGCAACCGAGAAUACUUGCGUGCGCUCGCCACCGCACAUAUUAGCGCGUCGCCAACCAACCAAUCAAAUUACUCUGGCCGGGAACGUUGCAGCAGGCGCACAUCGCUCGACAAUGGUCGGCGAUUGCGUGCUGAACCGUUGGGUGGCUGCAGUGGCCACUCCUUUGGUAGGGCGCAUGGUAGCGCAAAGGUCGAUGAAUUUCGGGAAUUGUCAGGCUCAAGAGCGUCGCCGUCGAAAUAUGCUCGACAGCCUUUACAAAGCGUACACUCAGCUUCCCCGAAUCGGGUAACGGCAACGGUGGAGAAAACGGAGGGCGCUUGCUCGGGCUGCCAAAUCAAUAUCAACAUCAAAGGCUUGGACUCGACACAACUGGGCGAUAAUGUGGUGAUCAAAAUCGAGUCUGAUAAAAUCACGCCUACUAAAAUGACUUCAAAAAUAGAGCAAAAUACGGCAGCCGGAAAUACGUUGAACACCAUUUACAACAACACCGAUAAUGUGCCGCGAAAUGACAUCGCUUUUGCCAACUUGGUGGAAAUCAAACGUAACUCAGAAACGAAUCAAAAUCUCGAUAUCAAACCAAAAAUGUCCGCACAUAACCAAACGCCGCAAGCAGUGUGCAAUUCAUCGUCAGCAUUCUUUGUUAUCGAUAAACGCCUUUCCAAGUUUGCCAUGACUUCAGCCGAUGAACGAGCGCAGCGCAAAGAUAUGUCACGCAGUUCAUUACACUCGCGUGUACCGGUGACCCCAUCAACUACGCGUGCAAUGGGUUUCAACUCGUCUGCCACACUAGUACGCGGGUCGAAUAGCAGCGAGGCCAUUAACCGUAGCGCGAGUAAUGUAAGCGAAGAACGUAUGCCGAGCAUGGUGCCCUGGUGUUUGGGCACAACCAUACGACGCGGGUUUUCGCAGGAUGACAAUGUCACGACAUCAUUGCACGCGCAUGCGUCCAACCUAUUGAAGCACUCGCAUCCUCCAUACGAUGCCACGCUCAGUGAUGUGCACAAAAAGCGCCGACACGCUGUGCUUGCCGCCUACAAGCCGUUCUCUCUACAGCGGAAAGCUGAAAAUUUCGGUAGUGGCGUUGGUGGCGCGGAUAAGGCAAGCAGCACAGCAAUGUGGAUGGAGAAGCGUAGAAAAUCGGCCGGUGCACCGGUAGCAAGCUGGAACGCCGAUAACGUACAACAACGCCGAUCUCAACAUUCGCUGCGUAGCUCAAAAGAAAGCAAGAGCACGCUGAAUCCGCAUUCUAACUCCCAAUUAGAAGUAGGACGUUCGCCCACGAUGAUCAUGCGACGCAGCCAUUCGAGCAUACGACCGGGACAAUUGGCACAGCACGCAGUAACGGACAGUCAGAGUCACGUGACCACGCCACUUAAUGUGAAUAUCAAUGUGUUUGCGGAAAAACUUAAAUUGUUACGUGUUUAAAAAUAACUAAGAACAGCUACCUGACUCAGCGUUAAAGCUGCAACGGUACAAUUGAAUUUUGAACCAUGAUCCACAAUUCUAUCAACACAUGCUACG